AUGAAUUUUGUUCGGCGUCGUCCUGGAAACGAUCACUCUCGUGAAAUACCAUCGGAGUCUUCCGCAGAAUGUGCCCACCUAGGACGACUUUUCAGUCAAUAUAGGCAAAUUCAAGAUGUUUCUGAACAGGAGCAAAUGUUUUACGAGCUACUUCCGGUGUUUCAUGGGGUCCUUGCGAACUGUAAACCCACCGAAUUCAUUGAAAAGUUCCCCGACAUCCAUGCCUUUUGUUCUCGAGCCACUCAAAUAAUUGUAAAAGAAAUUAAAUCAAGAGCCUCUAAUCAAACUUCUGAAGAGGGAAGUCGACAGAUAUUUCUCUACCUGGAACCUCCUGACCGUGUUCCAUAUGAAAAGCCCUCUGAGGCGGGAUCAACGGAUAUUACACCACUAAACGUGGAAAGUCGCGGUUGGAAUCUGCUUUCUUGUCUGAAUGUAUUAAGCAGUGGACAUAUGAGCCUUAUCGAGUGCAUGGUUGCCGCCUCAUUGCCAUCCACCUUGGUGAAGUGUAUGUACAUAUUCCUGGACCUUCCUCGAGCACCUAACCCGGAAAAAGCGUGCACAUUCCAGUCGACGUUUAAACAGAUCACCCAACGCCUCUGUAUGUACCCAAUCGCAGUUGAGGAGUUGACCAGAAAGGACGCAUUAUGUCAUCUGUUCAGUGCUUCCACCGACUGGUGUCCAUCUCAUAACAUAAUCUGGCGAUCCACCACAGCUUCGAUCUUGUCCACCAUCGCUCAGAAUGGGAUGACUACCGUUGUUGUAAAGUACAUUCACGAUGCAAAAUGUAUUUCGGAGUGCAUCAAGAACAUCUCACAAGGCCGUCUCGCUCCGUUGGAAAUUUUGGAUGGCUUCAUUGCACUACUGCACAUUCUGUGCGAAUCUUCAUCUCUGUCACACGCUUUACUGGAUGAUUUCUCUUCCAGUAAUGGCUAUUCAGUUACAACAGAAUUCGUCCUGAAGCUAGAGCAAAAUUUCAACUACAUGGAAACGAAAAUGGCUCUACAAACUAUUGUUUCCCUGUUGGGACGUCUGGUGGUUUGUGGUGCCCUUGAAUUGCGUCCGAAACCAGGAACAGGCGAGCAAAUACACGCGUUUCCCGGGUUUCGUGUUCCGAUGCCCAAGUCUGCAGCGAUGAAGAGUGUGCGCAAUAUUCUGGCGUUUGAUGUGCUCCAGUCUCUGUUUCUCUCUGCCUCUACAAAGGAACUGAGUAUGCUAUUACUGGACAGUAUCAAGACUAUCUAUCUACAGGAUUUGGCCAACUAUUUCAUUUUGGAACAGCAAAAUACUUUAGUGCUUUUUCUCAAAAAGAUUUAUCACAAACCGACGGAAAUUCAAGAAUCGCUGUUCAAGUUAAUUGAGGUCUUAGUUAGUAGACUUCAUUACGUACCAAUGAAGGAGAUCAGUAGCAUCGUCGUUUUGAUGAAAACAUGCAGUUUCAAUUCCUGCUUGGCACUCACUCUUCGACACUUAAUUAGACUGUUGGGUGAACAUCGUUUGUUUAAAGAAGUCUAUCAUGAUGUUGGCUUGCUGGAGCUCAGCGUCGAACUUUUACAUCGUUUUGCCGACCUGUUCGGCGACCCAUCGGAACCUAACACCCCCAUGGUAAACGCGGAAAUCUCCAAUAAGAAUGGCGAUUCACAUGCAGCUUCAUCAGAGUUUCCAACGGCAUUUGAGGUUGGCCAAUUGCUGAUAGACUUUCUACGCCUUACGGUGUCAGGAAGCGUACCCAAUGCAGAUAUGUGUCUUCGACUUGGGUUGGCCAACUGUGUUGCGCAACGGUUGUUAUGCUCACGAUCCCCAGCGAGUACAGUUAAAUGGCGUCGUCAUGCACUGGCAAUUCUGGAAGAAAUCACGCUCAUAAACGGUGGUGAGCAAGUAAUGCCGCUCUUAUUAAGCAAAAUGCACACAACCUGCGUGGACUUGAAAAUAGAAAUUCUUCAAUCAUUCUGCCGUGUCCUACGAGACUCCCACCGCUGUCGUAUGCUGUUUCGCAAGGUCAACGGGUUUGUAUAUGUAAUGCAGGAACUAAUCAAUUUGGAAAGCUGUUUAAAUCCGAAGUCCCGAAUGGCAACCUCAGCAAGCUUUUUGCCUGUGCAGCCAAAUGUGAUGGAAGAGUGGCAGCAGCCAAUAUCACGAGACCGUUUCCUUUCCAGUUUAACUUACGAGCAUAUUUUCAAACUUAUCCGGAUCAUAUUCACGGUUUUCGGUAUAGCAAUGAAAUUUGAGCCGGCCAACGCACAUUAUUUUGCAACCGAGAUUCAAUACUCCAACCUUACCGAUGCCAUCGUUUCUCUGGGUUCCUUCAACACGUCGACAUACUCUGAAUAUGAGUUGUUAUCAGGGGCUCCGGAUUCACUGUACGAAAUGGGCGAUAAUGGAAAUACCAUAGGUCAUAAUUUAUUCACCAGUCUGUUUCGAAAUCUCAAUGAAACAGAAGCGGUACUACUCACAGUACCGACGUCUCCCACUGAACCACUGCCGCGUUUCAUCACCUUCCACGCCCCACUUGGUCUUGUUGAUCGAACUAUCAGCGAAACCCCAUUGUCUCUUUCCGUCCCUCGUCCUAUUGUGGAAUGUUGCGUCCUCACACGUUACGUGUACAACUUGGCUGUGGAUGCCUACGAUAAGCGGUCAGUGAUGUUGGGUACGUCGGAGAAGCACUCUGCCGAACCGCCGUCAAAAUCUGUUGUCUUUCCGCCGAAUUCCAAGUCAGUGGAUUCAAAUUCUGAUUCGCCUUGUUCUGCUAUCGUUCACCCCGGCGCCAUUAUUUCCCUACUCCACCUGACGGCUAGGUUCGACCGCAAGCAGACAGACCAAACAACCCACACCGGCAUCUUAGACAUUGACCUUCAGACGUGUCUGCUGGAUGCGAUUAGCGAUCUACUUCGAACAGAACGAAAUCAACAACUUUUAUGCACCGUUCAAAUGCCCAGGGAGUUGAUCACCCUAUUUCGGCGUCAUUUGGCAAAAGAAGACUCUCCACUACACGAUCGGAUUCAGUCCCUGUUCGAGUGUUUAGUUGUUCAGUCUUUGAAUCCGAACGAUUUGAGGGAAUAUCUCCGCAUAUCGGAGCCAUUGUGCAGCCGUUCUUCCGAAUUGGUUCAUCCUUCGCCUGAUGCUACCCAUGACCGCGUCGCUGAGAUUAGGUCUGCAUUGCAGAACGCUGGCUCACGUUACGGUGGCCCUCUACCUCUUAGUCAAAUCAAGUUCCUAAUCGCAACUGCGACUCCAGUGAAUGCGCAACUGGUUCGGCCUGCUUUUGACAUGAAGCCUUUGGGUUUUUCAUCACAUGCUAAUCAGGAACCAGAACCGGAAGAUUCGCUAAUUAGAUGUGCUUUGGUUCCUCCUUUCGUGGAGUUUGAUAUGAAUCCGGAAGGAUUUGGCUGUCUGUUUCUACCCUCAAUCGCCCCACAAGGCCCUUCAUCAGUGGCGAACCUUUCUGGUGCAAUCACGUGUUCAGACCUGGACGAAAUGACUGGAGGCGUUGGAAUUGGUGAGCGCCUAUUUCCGCCUCCUCAUGGUUUCACCUUCUCUACUUGGGUUUGUGUUUCGCAGUUUGAUAAGAUUCGUAACUCGGAUGCUGCUGCCACCUCAGCCUCAUCGGAUGUUGUUCAUCCGCGCGCCGGUAGCCAACCUCCAGCACAACAACCACAAGCCGUCCACCUACUCACAAUUGUUCGAGGAAUACAAAGUGUCAACGACCAGCUGAUAUGUUUGCGUAUCUUUAUUCAUCCUUAUACACGAAUGCUUGUGGUCUCCACGCAGGAGCGACUUGCUCAGCCAGAUCAAACUACAGACUCAGAGGUUAAUGACAUCGCCAUUGGUGAGAGUGAUCGGCGUCCUAGUACGAAUGGAACGACAUUGUCCAUGGAUUCUUCAACGACCAGCUCAUGCGCAGUAUUCCCGUGCGGACUGCCUAAUUCCACAUCUCAGCAAUGGCCUGUUGGAGUGUGGAGGCAUUUGGCCGUGGUCUUCAGUCGAGCUGGCAUGAUCAAGUCCAGCUCAUGUAGCGUCUACCUCGAUGGACAGUUGACUGGAUUGCAGCGCCUAAAUUAUAUCGGUUCUUCAACUGUUGUAUCCGGUUUCCUCGGUCGACAGACUAUGCCUUCCACCGUAUGUGCGUUCGUUGGCACUCCGGCAACUGAACGCCGGCCAAGUACACUCAUUUGGCGACAGGGCCCGAUGCAUUUCAUGGAAGAACCACUACAAGCUAACCGAAUAGCCCUGAUUGCCCGCCUGGGGCCGAAUUAUUUUGGCAGCUUUCAGUCACCGCCUCCGGUUUUCGCCCUGUCAUCUAUUUCUCUUGAAGAGCCAUAUCGCCCUCUUUUGAGCGAGGAAAAGUUGGUAUUUGGGAUAUACGCCUCCACUUUGUCCACGUUGACCUUGUCACGGUUCCGAAAAAUAUAUAGUCAAGCUGAUACCAAGGCAGUUGCCCGACAGUUCUACAUUGCUCCAAAAGAGAAUGUCACUCCAAUCCGCGUGCUGCACAAUUCUGCCGCACAUCUGCAUGGACCUGCUCGACCGUUGGGCGCCGUCCUUGUCGGAUACCAAGGUGUACGUGCCUUCACGCCAAAUCCGAUUGUCCGCCAGCUACACUGCGUGGGAGGGGGCGUCGGAGGCAUCCGUAUUGGUCUAGCGUUGAUUGCUAUGGCCCAAGAUGCAGAGACACUGUACGCUGCAACCAAAGCCGCUUGCACCCUGAUCAGGAGCAGUACAGCGGCCGCCAAUGAAAUGUACAUAACUCGGGGAUAUCAGAUGCUUGCAAUGCUUCUGCGUAAAAAACGCAACCUCUUGACGACCCGUAUUCUCGACAUUAUUUUGGGUCUGACGAUGCAUCUGGAUUCUUGGAUGGAUGGGGCGGCGCAGGAGCAGGUCGUGACGGCAGAACAUCCAGCUUUUGAGGACCUCCUGUGUGACUUGGAUUUGUGGCGCAUCGAACGUGAACGCAUUGAGUCCCCCGCGAAAUUUACUCCUGAUCAGAGCGCUUUGAAUUCAGAAAUCGUUGUGGUUGAAGAAGAUUACCGGUUGGUUGCCAAUCUGCUGCAUCAUCUAGUCGAGCUUCUGUCUGUCACAAGCAGCCGCAACAAGCGUGAAUCGAUCGAUAGCUGCAAUUCAAACGAAUCUGGUCGUCCGCUCGUUACUUAUAAGUGUUCGUUAAAUCCUACCUGGGAUAUGGUGUUUGACCGUGUUUUCUACCUGUUACUGAGUGCUUAUCAGACAAUAUCCGGUCCAGUCCUCAGCCAAUCCCGACCAGCAGUCUUGACCAAAACAGUGACUUCGGAGCGUCAAAACAUGCUGGAUGCAUCCAUGAGGUUUUUCCACAUUUAUUUCUCAUAUUCGGUUCCGAAUCGGAGUCUACUGCGCAUUGCACAACUUAUGGCGUGGACCCUGCCCUCGGUAGACGUCAGUGAAUCUAUUAUAUUGUUGGAAGAGUCGUCUCGCUGUGAUGCAUCCCAUUGGUCUGAAACCAACGAGUGGAGGCAACAGUUGAUUGGUUUACGCAACGCGUGCUUUCGAAUGUUGCUCAAGCUAAUCGUCAACUCUCCGUCAGUAAACAAAAAGUUCUGCAAUGAAUUGCUCACUGUGGUGGGAUUCGACUGGUUUCAUUUGUUUCUUCGUCCAAACGUCCACCCAUCCUCCGUUGUACUGGCUUUUCACCUGUUAAUUUUGGUCAUUCUUAAUCCUGACUACUCGGUAACCGGUCCCGAUCCAUUGGAAGAUUGGCUGCAGGAUUUUGCGACGGUCGCUCAAACCAAGUUACCACCAUCCACCAAAUUACAGCAUGACAAUAGCGCGAGUGCAGAUGGAGUUUUCCUACCUAACCCGGAUAUAGACGGCUUGGCCGCUUUCCGAACAGGUUGUCCGGCUGGACGGUGGCUGCGUGGUUGCGAAGCCUUGCUGAAGCGACAACACGGUUUACUUUUGGAUAACGUUCCUCGAAACACAAAGUACAUCUCCGCCCGUUUCCUGACAGCUUUACGCGAUUUUCGACUGACGGCCUGUCAACAGCCCGGAUUUGGUGCACUCAGGUUGCUUCUGCCGCAACACUCGAACGUACCCGAGCUAUACUAUCUGCUGACUGCGUUGCUCCUACAGCUGCCAGUUCGUCAAAUUCCGUCCGAUUUCCGUACAACACAGGGUCAAAAAUGGAUCGAUAAACUGAAGCUGGAGUUUGAUAGUCUGUACUCUCUUCUAAGCAACCGAAAAGAUUCGAGUGCGUUUCACCCACUAGCCGGAUCCGAUCCGCCUGCAGACAUCACAGCUGAAUGCACCACAUCGUCCACGGACAUUUCAGCAUCACCUCUGUCUAUAAACAACUCACCUGCUGGUAGCGCAAGUGGUAUUGUCACCAGCUUCUUGACAGCUGCUGGAUUUGGUCGGAAAAGAACACGUAUCCUUUCAGGCUCAGACUCCAACGUGGAUGUAGUCUGUUCUAAUGCAAACACAACUGUUGCUACUAGAAUGGGACCUCCGUUGUGUCCAGAGGCUGCAAAUUUACUUCUUGCGCUAAUUCGAAACCUGUUGUUGUGGUCCAAAGGCUCCGAUCGGGCUUCCGGCUCGAACUGGGCUGAAGACUAUUCGGAUGUUAUACUGCGUUUCUUGAUCUUCCUGUACCGAUCGAAUUUGACGUUCAGGUCGAUCGCCAUGAACCCUGAGUUUGUCAAUGGCCUUGUUGGUAUCGUAAUCGCAGCCUCCGUUUGUCAAGGGUCACACAAAACGGGAAACCCUAUUCCUCGGAAAUGUCAACAUCCAACGUCAUCUCAGGAGAAGUUCUCAUGCGUAAUACUUAAAGUCAGUCUGGAAUUUCUGAAAAUCAUCGUGUCGGACAGUUUUAUGCUACCACCUUCCUAUCACCAACCAACGAAUAUGGUCGACACACUGUUGGAUGCUUUAUCCGACCACUGCCGAUCGAAGCAAUAUGAUGAAUUGGGCACAGAUGUCUUGUGUGAGCUGAUGGAACAUUUUACGGCCACCGACUUACUGACUGACGAAAGGCUGUGUGUGCCUACCGGAGGUGACCGUCGUUAUAUCCCCCCGCAACUGGUUUAUUUUGCUGCCAGAGUUGUUGACAAGCUAUGGCAGGGCUCAUUUUGCGGCCAAGUGAUCAAAUUGGUUGCUUUUCUGGACUAUUUGAUCACCCAAUGGCCAACACACCGUUCUCAAGUUCCAGUAAUCCCUUGUUCAGGGUCGGAGCACACUGACCAGCGUUUUGGAAUUGAAUCACUCUUCCGAAGUUUAAAUCGAGCCAUCCUGUAUCAGUUCUCACGUCCCAUUUUAACUCAAACAGACCAACUACAACUCUUAGAGUUGUUUAGACAUAUCUGGACAACUCGAUCGUCGUCCAUGGAUUCCUCUCCAGCCGUUGUUUCUCGUAGUUCAUUGGACCUGUCACUCGGCACAUCUACAGAAUGUAACUCAAUUUUGUUUUCGGCAGCAAACGAAGAUCCAGACUUCCCACCUUGUCUCAUCCACCUGCUUAUGCAGUUGGUCCGUGUGGAACAGAGAAAUCUUGAUGCUACGGAGCAUGGCACAAAUAUAUCUCCUCCUUCCGCCCCACUUCCAAAAAUGGAAGUAUCAGUGAAACCCGUAGAUACACAGAUAGAAUACAAUUCUGGUGUGAAGGACUACUACCGCACUGCUUUUUGUGAGGUCGAACUAGAAACAUAUGAUGAAAAUACCGGCUUCUUAACUUCUCCAAAGUUGAAUAAAGUUGUGCAAUCCGUGGAUCAAGUGGAUACCCCACUUUCCUGUCAAACUACCACGACCAGCGCGUAUACUUCUGUGUCAGCAGUCAAUUCAAAUCUGGUUGUUCAAGCUGCACUCCUACUGUGGUCUGAAUGUUAUCUAGCGAAGAAAACACUAAUUGCCACCUUGGUCCCUGAUACGCCUCUGGUUAGUGGUCUUUCUGUACCAUCUUUAACGGAUUGGGCUCCAGUGCUGGAGGCGCCUUGUUUAAUGGCCUGGGCACAACAUGUGGACAGUGAAGCUGCUGGUACUGGUGGUACUGGCCCCGAAACUUUGUGGGGCCGUAUUCCCGGGCCGCCAAUGGCGGACUUGUUAGCUGUCGCAACUGGACUUGCCUCUUCGCCUCCGCUACCUCAGAACGGCAGCAUACAAGGUUCAUCUAUAUCCGGGCUACAUCACCAAAUAUCUCUGCGAUUGAGUCGGUUACCAGGGGGCGUGUUCAAAUUCGGGAGUGGAACUCCGUCCGCCUCUGGAACCCCGCCGACCGCAACCCCACGUUUAACGGAGUCUGCGAUGGGUUCGGCGGCAUCUAACACAACACCUUCCAUUUCCCAGAUUUUCAAGUCCUGUCUGGUUGCUCACCACCUUCAGAUGCCCAAUCUGGAAAGCGUCCGUGAAGCACUCGAAGUAUGCGUUCCGAACCAGCUGGUUUAUUUGCGCGAUAUGCUGGAACAACAACGAAAACAACAUCAUCGCAACAUGGGUUUCAUUCACCGCCGACUGGAGUUGGAAUGGGAUAAAGUGGAGCUGGAGUUGACACGUGAGCGUGGUCUUUGGGGCCCAACACACCCGGAUCUUCUAAUGCGCUGGAAGCUGGAUCCAACAGAGGGACCUUGUAGAAUGCGGAAGCGAAUGAUUCCCAACCCAACGUUUUACAUGCGUUAUCCAUACCACCCUUCGCUCCCGAGUAAAACUAGUGUACAUGGCAAGUCCAGUCUGGCCGGUUCAAUUCUCCCAUCUACGCUGAGAUGUCGGCAGGCAAGGAGUCGAUUUAGUCAGUUGUAUUUUCUAAACUACCGAUCGCGAAGCAUUUUACAGGAAGACUGGGGUCCACUGACACCAUGGCUACCACUCUUAGCUGAACAGGGUAAAACUGGUCAUACUUCUCGAAAGUUAUCCAUGUUCCAUGCGGCGGAUUUGGAUACUCUGGAGGCAAACGAAUCUGACGAAGGACCCAAUGAUGAGCCUGAACAACAAGAUGACCUUGAAAAUUCACUGCGACGGUCACUGGAUCCAGAGGAGCUUGAUCAAUCGUUGAAGAACACCGUAUCACUACUACGGCUGACCGGAAAAUCUCCGUCCUACGCUCCAUCCGAAACGGAUGACGUCGAUGAAGUCAUUGCCCCCAGUGGAAACGUACCAGGUGGCAUGGAGUCCAUCCAGGAGGAACACUCCCGUGGACCUCUAGACGAAGAUCAAUUAAAUGACGGACCUGACGAGAACAGUCCGUCAGCUGGUUCAGUGACGAUGAACGAACCCGUCAAAAACGAGACUGUCUCCUGUGAACCGACGGCUCCGAGUUCAGCGCCUUACUCUUCUGUGAUUAUAGAUGAUGACAAGCAGCUGGCUAGUAAUGAUGCCAUUCUUCGCCUUCUAGAACCUGGUGAACGCCCGACUGUGAUGUAUCGCUGUGCGCGAAUUCUCGGUCUUGAUGUUUACGAAGGACUUCUAUUGUUUGGUCAAUCUCAUUUUUACGUCAUUGACGGAUAUACGUUAAUCAAUACACGGGAAAUCGUCGACAUUGAUUCUCUACCACCUGAUGUCAUACACGAACCGGUGGUGCCCUGUAUGCACGGUGCGUCCAGUACCAAUACCGUUCGUGGCGUUGAACGGACGAGUGUUGGGUCACAUGUAACCGAUUUAUGGAGCACUGGAGCUGUGAGUCAGACAUCGGGAAAGCAGUACUUCAAGUUUCCCUAUGAAAACAUUCAGGAUGUAUACAAGCGCCGGUAUCUGCUUCAACCCAUUGCUUUAGAAGUUUUCAACACGGAUGGACGAAACUUUCUGCUAGCUUUCUCUAAGGGAUUACAAGGGAAAGUCUAUCAGCGAUUCCAAAACGUGGCUGUCCUGAAUUCGGUAUCACUGUCCCUGAUGAAUCAAAAGAACACGCCUAGUUUGUUGAGCAGCCUCUUGGGUGAAAAAACAGUGACAAAACGGUGGGAGCGUGGCGAACUGAGCAAUUUUCAGUACCUCAUGUACUUGAACACACAAGCCGGUCGUUCUUACAACGAUUUGAUGCAGUAUCCGAUCUUCCCUUGGGUGCUUGCUGAUUACGAUUCGGAGGAGUUGGAUCUCACCUGCCCGGAGACAUUCAGAGACUUCUCCAAGCCAAUGGGUGCCCAAACUCCGCGUCGUUUACACCAGUUUCACCGACGUUUCAAAGAAUGGGACGACCCAACAGGAGAGACUCCACCGUAUUAUUACGGCACACAUUAUUCGUCCGCUAUGAUUGUUGCCUCCUAUCUGGUUCGAAUGGAGCCAUUCACACAACAGUUUCUCAGGCUACAGGGAGGGCAUUUCGAUUUACCGGAUCGGAUGUUCCACAGCGUGAAACACGCUUGGCUUAGUGCGAGCGAACAAAACAUGGCCGAUGUUCGCGAACUAAUUCCGGAAUUUUUUUACCUACCGGACUUUCUAGUCAACUCUAACCAAUUCGAAUUGGGGUUAAAGCAAAACGGACGGUCUGUAGACGACGUUUCCCUCCCCCCUUGGGCUAAGUCGGAUCCCCGGGAGUUUAUCCGAGCACAUCGAGAGGCCUUGGAAAGCGAAUACGUUUCUGCUCAUCUUCACGAAUGGAUUGAUCUGAUAUUUGGCCAUAAACAGCAAGGAGAUGCAGCGGUACUGGCUUACAAUGUUUUUCACCACCUGUUCUACGAAGGAAAUGUGGAUAUCUACUCGAUUGACGAUCCACUCAAGCGCUCUGCUGUGAUUGGCUUCAUUAACAACUUUGGACAAGUCCCAAAACAGCUGUUUCGCAAACCGCAUCCUAGCCGCCGGAUCGCUGUGCCUCGUGGUAUAUCAGCACUGUUCCUCGGAUCUGCCAAGAAACCAACCUCAGGAACUCAGAUUGCACAGGAUUUGUUCUACCAAAACAUUGACUGUCUGAGACCACAUCUACAACCACUCAAAGAGCUGAAGCAUGCUGUGGGUCAAAUAGUCCAGCUUGAUCCGAGUGUCAUACCCAGUGGUAGCGGAGGGUCUGCUCCAUCGUCUGCGGUAGUUCCCAGUGUCGGAGGAAGCAACACAGGCGGUAGUGCAGGGAGUGGUGUCAGCGUGGUUUUUACCGAUGGUUUUUCAACUCCUCCUUGUAACAGUUCUGGUUCGAUCACCUUGGUGGGUACCUCAAUCGUGGCUGUCGAACAGAAUAAGUGUCUGCUUCCACCACACCACACAGCCUAUGUUGCCUGGGGUUUCACUGAUGGCAGUCUGCGAUUGAGCAGUCCGUUCGAUCCACUCGACAGAGCCCGGUCCGUGUUUGAGAUGGUUGACCAGGCAGAAAUACUAUGUUGUACUGCGCCGAAUGACCGCAUUUUGAUCACAGCUGGAAUAAGCACUGUGGUUCGCGUGUGGAAG